CAUAAAACAUUUUUGACGUUGGAUGGGUUGAUUGAAACGUCCUGUCGUUCGAUUAUCGAAUGAUGAGUGAAAUAGAGUUUUUAUUAAAUAAUUAAUCGAAAAUAUAUUUAAUACAUAUGCAAAACGAUGUCCGACAUCAAUAUGGAGAAGUUUGCAGUUUCAGAUUUCGUACCAGAACGUUAUGUGAAGGAGUUAGCGAGGUCAUGUGUCGGAGGGGAGGAGCUGCAGCAGCAAAAGGUAAAAAUUGAAGGCUUAGCUGAAGAAACAGCUAAUGCACUUAAGAAAAAUGUUUACGAAAAUUAUAUGCAGUUUAUUGAAACUGCUACCGAAAUAUCCCACCUGGAAGCCGAAAUGUAUAAACUUUCGCAUUUGUUGAGCGAUCAGAGAACGGUGCUCACUACUCUGUCCCAAGCGUCAAUUUUAGGUAAUGAUAAUGCUUUAUCGCGUGAAUCACUCGAUAACCAUGACUUAGAAGCUGAAAGAGUUGAAGAAGAGCGGAGAAACAAACUUAAUCUAAUUACAGAAAAGGUUGAAGGUUGCAUGAAUUUAUUAGAUGUACCCGAUAGAAACUUACUACAUGAGGGAGAUUUGCUUGAAAUAGACGCUGAAGAAAACACUGCCUUACAAAGAAUGCAUGUCUACUUAUUCAAUGAUUGCCUAAUGUUGACAUCUUGGAUUUCCAAUAGACGUGGCCCCAUGAGAUAUAAGUUUCAAACUAGUUAUCCUAUUAGUACCUUAGCUGUAGUUAAUGUUCGAGAUUUAGGUACUGUAAAACAAGCUUUCAAGGUGCUAGCAUUUCCUGAUACUAGAGUAUUUCAAUGUAAUAGUUUAGCGAUUAAAAAAGACUGGCUUGAUAAGUUUGAGUCUGCUAAGAAAAUGCACAUAGAGAAAGAAACCUUAAAACAAAAGAAAAAGGAUAGUACGGAUAAGCCAAAACCUGAAAUGCUCGAGUCUCCAAGCCUCUCAGUGGAGGAAAUACCAUCUCCACAAAUAACUCCGUUGCCCGACUGGCUGGCUGAUGUAAUUGAAGAAUUAGAUGUGCUUAUUGUUGAAAGACACUUCCAAAAAACUUAUGAUUUAAUGACCACUGCACAAAAAACUUUAAACACUGAAGAGUUCAAAAAUCACCCACAGAGAGCUGAUAUUUUAAAAAAAAUUGAUCAAAAGCAAAAGGCAUUGACAGAGAUUUUAUUGAAGGAACUGGAUGUCACUCACAACUGGAGUCCCAGGGGUGGGUUGAGAUCCUCACGCCAUCCUGUACAGAUACUCAAUAAGUUUAAUAUGACAAGUCAAGCUUGUGAGCUGUUUCUAGAUAUCUGUAGUCACACAGUCAAAGCUCAUGUGAAAGGAGUUCAAUUAGAGGGUUCUAUACUUAGUUAUGUAAAGCAAGUGGGAGAUGUAUUCUUUUGCUCUCUGAGCGAUGCCUUAAUAGAGUUUACUACCUUAUUUCCUAAGAAUAAAGUAAGCAGUUUCAUUGUCUGGGCUAGUAUGCAGCUUAGGAUACUGAUGAGUCAAAUUAUUAAACAAGUAUUCACACCGCAAUGUGCUUUGGAUUCCAUAUUAAAUUGUGUUCAGAGUUUGAGACAACAGUGUGAACUGUUCUGUGAGUUUGGUCUCGAUUUAAGAUUUCAAAUGAAUAGUUGUUUAAGAACCCCAAUUAUAAAAGCAUUAAAAGAAUAUAAAGAAAAGGUUGUUGACUCCAUGAAGACUAAAGUAUCAGAAGAUAAAUGGACACCAGUUAACUUGCAUACUAAAGUUGGUACUAAUAAGUUUUUAUUACAAAUGACAGAUUUAGGAUUGAAUUUGACAAAAUAUGUAAUUAAUGAAACAUGGGUGGAUUUAUCCAGCAGUACAAUAUGGUUUGUACAAUCGGUUUUGACUCUUCAAACUAUUGGCCUUAAAAUUGUAACAAAAGACAUGAUGGAUGUUGUUGAUGAAUGUAUUUAUGCUAUUUAUAAUGCAAGGCUGAUGUUGUCAGUAGGCAAUGACACAAGUUAUUCACAAAAAAAUUAUAAAUUUUUAUUAGAUAUAGUUAUGCCUCUUCUGCUUAGAAGUUACAAGGAAGAAGUUGGCUAUGAAAAUGAAAAAUUAAUGGGUUUGGCUAAAAAGUAUGGUGUCAAUGUUGCACCACCAAAGAAAUCCAACAUCACAAAGUAUACAAGCAAUGAGUAUUUAUGAGAAUAGUAUGAACAGAUAAUAAUGUGUAUAU